GAAGCCAUGCUUUUUAUGGCAGGCCCUGCAGCCAGCUGGUCCCUGAGGCCCCUGGGACUCCAUGGCGUCCCCCAAGCCUUGUGUGCUGUCCUCUUAACAGUGCUGGUCAUGAAGACCUUGGUUCUCGGUGAUACCAAGCUCGAGGACCUUCACCCUCAGUCCCUCCCACUAAACAAGUACCUGAAUUGCUACCGAUGUCUGCUGGAGACCGAAGAGCUGGGGUGCCUCCUGGGGUCUGACACCUGCCUGACACCUCUGGGCAGCAGCUGUGUCACCCUGCACAUAAAGAACAGCAGCGGUUUUAAUGUCAUGGUGAGCGACUGCUACAGCAAGGAGCAGAUGGUCCAUUGUUCAUAUACCCGUGCUUCCCCGGUGUUUGGCUUUUGGAUAUUCUAUCAGUGUUGCUUCCUGGAUUUCUGCAACAAUCCGGACAACAGAAAGAAUAGCAUGCACUAGAACAGCAGGAACCCGCCACGUCCUGCCAGCUAACCUCCAGACUGGAUUUCCAUCUGAGUCCAUCAGGACAACUCCAAAGCCCUCACUCACUACAGCCUACAUCGUUGACCCCACGUUGGCCUCCCCUCUCCAUCCAUACCCACAAUGCUCUCCUACCUCUAUUUUGUUCAGCCCCCUCUUUGGUCCAAAGUUCCCCCCAAAUAAAAUAGUAUGCAAAGUG